UUGAAUUCCAAACCAAAUCACCAUUGAUCAUAGAGUUAUUCACCAACUCCAUUUCAGCAACUCCCAUUUCCUUGAGCCCAAUAUAUAUUACCCUAAACCCCAUCAACAUUACCAUAAAACACACCAACAUCUAUUACCUCUUCCUUAGGCCUCCUCUCAUGGACUCUCACAACCUUCUCCCUUUCUUAACCAAACCUUUACCCUGCCUUCUGCUGCUCUGCUUCAUGUGUUUCUCUGCUAACUCGGCCAGACUCCUCGACGAGCAGCCACAAGUCUCGGGCAGUACUCCGGCUGCAUCGAAUGUCGUCGCGACGCCGGUUGGCAAUUCGGGGGGUGGAACUACUGCACCUUCAACAACUCUACCUAGUCCGGGCGCAACGUCGGCUGGUAACCUGGGGCAAGGAGCUAUUACACCUUCAACAACUCUACCUAGUUCGGGCGGGACGUCGGUUGGAAACGUGGGGCAAGGAGCUACUACACCUUCAGCAACUCUACCUAGUUCAGGGGGGAUUCAAGAUGAUCACCAUACCUUUACCUUCUUCAUGCAUGACAUCCUUGGUGGUUCGAAUCCCUCGGCUCGGGCGGUUACCGGGGCGGUUAACAAUCCCGCCCUCAACGGCCAGCUUCCGUUUGCUAAACCCAAUGGAGCCGUUUUAUCAGUUGGUAAUGGUGUUCCUCAAAGCAAUGGAAACACUGGUCUAAUUAACAAUAACAACCUCCCCUUUCUGAUUGGACUCGGCGGAGCUACAUCGCCGUUGUUGCAGAACAAUAACGGUGGUGGGAACAACUUCAAUGGUGCAUCGAGCUUUCCAUCUGUUAACGCAGGGCAGCUCCCAUCCGGUGUAUCGGUACAACAGCUCAUGUUCGGCACAAUGACGGUGAUCGACGACGAGCUCACAGAAGGACACGAGCUCGGUUCUGGCUUGAUUGGAAAAGCUCAAGGAUUCUAUGUCGUGAGCUCGGAAGAUGGAAACAGUCAAACAAUGGCAUUCACAACUAUGUUUGCAAGUGGCCAUUACGUCGACAGCCUAAGCUUCUUCGGCGUCCACCGGACCGCGGUGUCGGAGUCUCACUUGGCCAUCAUGGGAGGCACUGGAAAAUAUGUAAAUGCAAAAGGGUAUGCCAACGUGAAGACUCUUCCAGGCACCAACCAGCAUGAAACUGAUGGGGUUGAAACUUUGCUGCAAUUCACUGUUUACAUCAGUUACUGAAAAUGCUGUUGUUUUAUCAUCUCAUCUAUCCUUCACUGCCAAUCUGUUUGAAUUCUCUGUCUGUUUUUGAAUUUCUGGUUUGCAAUGAAAUCUUAUAUACCC